AUGGCGAAGGCAAAUACGCCAAGAAAAAGGGCUAGUACCCCUGCUGUGCGCGGGGAAAUGGUACCUGUUUUUGAUCCUGAUGAUAGAACCCAAACUGUUUUCGAUUGGUGUCGAAAGGUUGACGUGUUAAGAGACAUUUUUGGAUGGUCUGAAGAGGCUACAAUUUAUUUUGCGAUGAGCAAACUGAAAGGUUUGGCUGAAGUUUGGUACAAGGGCUUACCAAGCGUAAAAUUUUCCUGGAAUGAACGGAAACAAAAGCUGGAGCAAGGAUUUCCAUCUAAACGCGACUUCUUUGAAGAAUUCCAGCAAAUGAUGGCUAGGACAAGGAAGCAGGACGAGACGUACUGCAAAUACUACUAUGAAAAAAUGACUUUAAUAAAUAGCUGCGAAAUCACAGGAGUCAAAGCAGUUUCAUGCCUUAUUGGAGGCAUGUUUGAUAAUGUGGUUAAAACUGGAGCGAAGGCGGUCGAUCAUCAAUCACCUGAGUCCUUGUAUGGAUACCUUUGUACCUUGGAUACUACUUCACCUGGCACAUCCAGAGGUCAUGAUGUUGGUCUACAUACGUCAAGACAAAAAUCUGGCAAUUUCAGAAAGGACAAUAAAACAUCCAAACAAAGUACCACGAUAACUUGUUUUAAGUGCCAUUAA